AUGAUCCGCGGUUCUUACAAGCUCGAGAACAAGGACUGGACCAUCGCUGAUCUUGCAGCGGCAGGUGGCAGCGCCAGCAGGGCAGCGAUUGCUGACGCAAGCAAAGGGAAGGUGCUUGAUUGGCUGCUGGAAGGGCUCGUGAACAGUGAUUCUCGAGUGAGGAGGGAGACGGCUCGGGCGAUUGCCAGCCUGUUGAGAGACGCUGACGUGGCACCGAGAGUGCUGAAUAGAGAUGGCAGCAUACGGCGAAUGCUGACUUGGAUAGCACAGCUGGAUUCCGCUGCAAGUCCUGGUGUUUCCAGUAGGGAACUUACUGGUGAUCAUUCAGGUGCUGGUGAUAGCUCAGGUGCUGGCAACAGUGCAUCGGGUGGUGAUAACUUAUCACCGAAGCCGUCCUCUGUUCGCUUGGCGAGUGCUCUCCUGCGCUAUCACCCCCUCAUAGACGCACUCAUGGACCUCCUCACUGAACCCCCUCCGCUGAAUCAACAUUCGAUACAGUCACGCCACCCUGCUUCACUGCUACGGCCUGACAUUGAGCCGCUGGGAGGGCCGGACCUGGCUGAUCGGGCAGCUGAGGUGGAUGUGAGGGCGGCCUUGGAUGUGCUUACAUGGGGGGAGCCUGUAGAGAGGGAGGAGAACAGCGGUUGGUGGGGAUGGGGAGGGAGGGGGGGAAGAGUAAGGGGGAAAGGAGGAAGAGAGCGUGGAGGUGGAGAGGGAGGCAGGGGAGGGGAGGAUGGGGGAUCAGGGGGGAUGGGUAUUGGACUUGGGGGCCAUGCUGGCACGACCAUAUGGGGAGUCAUGAUCGAUGCAGCCAAUGAGACCAUGCCACGUGUCUGUGCUCCAGGGGCUGGCGUGCUUGCUUACAGGAGCAGAAGUGUUACUGAUGAAGAUUUUUUUCUUAAGAGGACCAGGAUUGACUCGUUUGACCAGGCCAGACUUCCAGGGACUGGGCAGGGUGGGCAGGGAAGGAAAUGGGAUGAUGCCUUUUCAACUCCUGGGCUGUGGGACGAUCUGCCAGGGCAGUCAGUUGCUGCCUUGCUGGCAGCAUGGGCAGUCGACAAGUGGACCGCCACGUCAGCAUUCAAUCGCCAGCUCAUUGCCAGCAUGGACAGCGAGGGAGAUGCUUUGGCAGUUGGUGCGGUGGCUCCAGAACAAAUGGUGAGGUUCCACGUGGCACGCGCUAUUGGAAGGGUUGCAAGGGAGCAGGAGAUGUGCUUAUUCGGAGGGAAAGGUGAUGAGAAAGAUGGGAAGGGCGACGACGUGUUAAGCAGGGUGGGUGCACGAGUGGCAGGAUGGAAAGAUGCUGUGGUUGUGGGAUCUCAGAAAAUCGUGACUGGAAGGAGGGAGAUGGAGGAGAGGCCAGGGAGUGAAAGAGCGACAAUAAAAGAAGGGAAAACCAAGGGAGACGGAAUGGCAGCCCGGGGAGAUGGAACAGUGGUAGGAGGAACAGGGGCCGGAGCAACAGGGGCAGCAGGAAGCUUGUUUGUGACGCCAGCAGCCAUACGCAGCUGGUCACGUGCGUUGCUGAGCUCAGCAUCGCCUCCUUCGUCUGCCUUCCAGCAACGAAACAGUGACGUCACGGUUGCUGCCCUGCACGCACUGCGCACACUUGCCGACAUCAGCGAUGACGUGGCGCACAUCAGCAAUUAUGUCGGGGGGGCUGAACCUUCAUUGCGCGAGGGAAUCACGCGGGAGGCAUUGCCGCAGCUAAGGCGUGUACUGGCGGCUUCCGCUACUGCUGCCACUCAUUCUGCCGCUGCCUCUGGUUCUGCUCCUGCCUCUGCAUCUACCUCCAACUCUGCCUCUGGUGUUUCCGCCAAGAGGCAUGACUCUGAUGCGCCGUCUGCACGUGCUGCUCCUCCAGGGGGUGUGAGAGCAGGGAAGAGCAAGGAGAGGAGGGAAACUGAGGGAGGAAGUGUGGAGGAGCGCGAGGAGGCAGAGGAGGAGGAGGUGGUGAAUCUGGCUGUAGCGCAGGCUGUAGCGUCACUUGUGCUGGGCCGUCGAAUGUAUGAGGCUGCGGCAGUGGGAAGGCUGAUAGGAGUGCCAGAGCCAGCACCAGCAGCGGCGGUGGCAGAAACAGGAGCAGUGGCGCCAGCAGCAGCAAUAUCAUGCCACUUGCCAGGUCCGCUCCGCACCACACUGACUCGCCCAGCAGUGGUGAUGCCUGCGGACGAGCUGCGGGCGUGGGGCCCCGUGCUGGCGAGAUGGGCGUGUGGGGUGAUGGGCGGUGGAGGGGAAUUCAAUGCAGGAGCAGGAGAAAUAGGAGCAAGAGGAGCAGGAGAAAGUGGAGGAGGAGCAGGGGAAGGGAAGGGAGGAGGAAGAGCAGGAGAGAGAGGUACAGGAGGUCCGGCAGCGGCAGGUUUGCUGGGCGGCAGAAGAAGGCCGGCAAGGAGCUUCUUGGAGUCGAAUCUGGUGCCGUCUGCUGCCGUGGCUGCCACUGCUGCCGCUGGGCAGGCUGUUCUGGUGGAGGUGCUAUCUGCUGCUGUUCACCUGGCACGUGAUGCCUCUGCCUCCUCUCAUUCUGCUGCUUCUGCUGUGAAUGCGCGUGGGGUUGACGUGCCAUUGGGGGGAAAGGACAUGGGCUGGAAAGGGGAGCGAGGUAGGUCGAAUGCAGGGAAGGAGAAAGAGAGUGGCAAGGGAGGGACGGCGGGGUGGAGGAACGCGCGGGUGGGGAGAGGGGCUGAAAUCGUAGGGAAGCAGGCCGACGGGGAAGUGGGGAGCUACGAGGCUGGGAAGGAAUGGACGGGUGUGGCAGUGGGCGUGGGUCUGCUGUGGCUCUCUGAAAUGCUCAUGUGCUCUGUCAGGGAUGGGGAGGCGGCCAGGCAAGCAGCGAAGAAUGGACGGGUGGGAGUGGGCUCAGGGGAAGCAGGGGGUGUGGGCAGGAAGGGAGAGGCGGGGAGGCAGGGAGGGGGCAAGGGAGCGGAGAGUGUGGGGAUGACAGUGGCGACAAUGAAGUACCUUGAGUCGCUGUGGAGGGGAGGGAAGGGAGCAGAGGGGCAAGGGUCUCCAGCCGUGCCUGCAGAUCCACCCAGCGGGGUUCAUCCCGCUGAAAAGGCCCCACAAAGCCAAGCAUCGCCGGGGGGAAAGGCACGCGGGGGAAAUGUUCCCGGAAAGCAAUUGCCCAAUGAGCAGGUGCAUGGAGGGGCAGGUGGGGCGAGUGCGGGUGAGAGCGCAGGGGAGAAGUCCUCCUGGUGGUGGUCGUAUGUGAACCCGUGGGGAGGGUUGGGCGAGGCAGGGGCAGCAGGGAAGGCAACAGGGGCAGGGUCCGGGCAGGUGCAGCAGGGGAGGGAGAGGGUUGUGAAGGGGCGGGGAGAGCAGGCGAGUGCGGCAGUGAGUGGGGAGGCGAGAGGGGAGCUGGGAGGGGCGUUGAGUGAGAAGCACCGUGCAGUGCGGGACGAGGCCCUGCGGUUCGCGAGUGCUGCUGUUGUCCGCCUGGGUGAGGAGCUUGGGAGCGAUGCGUGGGGAUGGGGGCGAGAGGGUGAUGCGAGGAGUAGAGUGGGAGAAAGGAAGAGUGGAAGAAGGGAAAGGAUUGGUUUUAUGGGGUCUGGGGAGGGGGAAGGCAGUAGACUGGGUUCAGUGGAAGUAGGUGUGGAGAAGGGGGCUUUGGAGGAAAGGGGAGAAAAUGACUCUGCACCAGUGGUGUCUGAUGCAGGCAAUGGCAGCAGCAUAUCCAGCCAAGCUGCUGCUGCUGCUGCUGCUGGUAGUGGUGCUUCUGCUUCUGGUAGAAGGGAUGUUGAUACUACAGUGAAUGCUACUGUAGACGAGCUUGUAAAAGUAGCGGAAGAAGAGCACGAGCAUUUAAUGGACAUGCUGGGCUUUGAAGGAGGGCUGUACUCUACUCGGUCAGGGCUAGUAGCUUCUAACGAGGAUAAACCUUCAGCCAGUGAUGAGCCUCCACGUGUGAAUGUUGUAGAGGCUCUGGACGCGGCUGCGACAGCGGUGAAAGCGCUCGCUGAGCUGGCAAGUGAGGAUUGGGAGAUGCAGGAGCAGCUGGUGGCAGGUGGAGGGGUGGAGCUGAUGCGGCGGCUGCUGAUUGGUCGGGAGUACUGGGAGUGGGUGAGAGGGGAAGAGGAGGUCAGGCGGAGGGAUGAGAAUGGGAUCAUGGAUCCGAGUCGGAUGGAUCGUGGGAAUUCAAAUAGCAGCAGCCAUCAGCACAGCAGCAAACGAAGCAAAGGCAGAAAGGAUGACAGUGCUGGUGGCGAGAAUAGCACUAGUGAGAGUGCUGGGAGUGAGUGUGGAAAAAAGGGCCUUCUGAUUGGCCUCACUGCAUCUGCACCUGCCACUGCAGUUGCACCUGCCAAGCCAAGCUCCCCCACAGGCUCCCAGCCCAUCUUAAAGCCAGCCACCCGCUUAACAACAUCCCAAUCAGUCGGUGCCACAUCAGCAGCAGCGAGAGGUGGAGCCACAGUAGUGGCUCCUGCAGGUCCUGCAGCCGCACCUGCUGACGCUGCAGGAGAGGAGGGGCUGGAAGCGGCCAGGGUGAAGCUCACAAAGCUCCAAAGGAAUGCCGCCCGGCUGCUGGCUCAGCUAUCAGCUCACCCCGACUCGUGGGCGGCAAUUGCCGGAGACCCGCUUCUGAUUGGCUGGCUUGAGCAGUGCACCACAGGCGGGGUGCGCGAGGAUGCAAAGGAGAGAAGCGGCAGAGGGAGUGAGCGAGUGAGUGAGAGAAAGAGAAAGAUGGAGGAAAGCCGUAGAGGGCGGGAGCGGGACGGCUCAUCUCAUUCACACCACGCGCUCUCAUCAUCAGCAGGUGGUGUGAGAAGCUCCGAUGAGUCGUGGUCCGACCGUGACUCGGAGGAGAACAGGCUUGUGCUGUGCGACGCGUGUGUGAGCAAGAAGAUGCGCUCCAACGCCCGCAAGGUGCUCUCCCAUGCUGCUCCCGCCCUCCAUUCUCGGAAAUCUCCGCCAGCAUCAGCUCCUGUUGCUGUGAGCACUGCUUCCACGUCAGCCUCAGGCUGGCAUGUUGAGCGUGACGUGGCGGUGCCAGGCUGGCACGAGCCUGGGAAGCAGUUCACGCCGAGGUAUGACGACGGCAUCUUCUUUGUCCACCCCACCAGCCCCUGGCUCCAAGCGCACUCCCUCCCCUCCCCCCUCUCCUCUCCUUCGCCUUCUUCUACCUCUUUGUCUUCCUCCUCCUCCUCCUCCUCCUCCUCCUCCUCCUCCUCCUCCUCCUCCUCCUCCUCCUCCUCCUCCUCCUCCUCCUCCUCCUCCUCCUCCUCCUCCUCCUUCUCCUCCUCUGCCUCCUCACCCUCCUCCUCAACCAUGACACAGUCCCCUGCGCCUGUGUUGGACGUGGUGUUCGUGCACGGGAUGAGGGGCGGUCCCUUCAAGUCGUGGCGCAGGGGAGAGGCAGUGCCUGCUGUAGCACCGCCUCCUGGAGCACCUGUGGCAACUGUAGCACAAACGCCCGUAGCGGGGACGCCUGUAGCGGAGACGCCUGUAACGGGGGCGUCUGUAGCAAAAACGCCUGUGGUUUUGGUCCCUGGCGAGGAGCUGAGGAUAGAGCGUAGGGUAGGAGAAGGGAUGCGAGAGAGUGAGGUUGUGAGAAUGGGUGAGGUGGUGGGUGAGGAUGAGAGAGGCGGUGAGAGAGUGAGACGGGGUGGUGCAGAGAUGGAAAGCGUGAUGGGUGGGGAGAUUAGGAGGGAGGAAGUGGGACGAGGUGGGGAAAGGGAUGGAGGGAAGAAGGAAGGGAAGAGUGUGGGAGAUACAGAGGCAUCAAUGCUAGGAAGAGGGGGGAGUGUGAUGGAGGUGGAGCCGUCAAAGUUGCUGGAGGCGACACUGAAGGAGGAGGAGGAGGGCGGCAAGAAGGGGUCGUGCUGGCCGUGUGACUGGCUCGUCAGGGACCUGCCCGAUGCACGGAUCCUCACCACCAAGUACAGGACGAAUCUAUCGGAGUGGGCCGGGGCAACCCUUCCAUUACAGGACAUCAGCAUUCUGCUGCUGCACAAGCUGGUGGCGGCGGGAGUGGGCGAGCGGCCCGUGGUGUUUGUGACGCACAGCAUGGGCGGGCUCAUCGUGAAGCAGAUGCUCGCCCUCGCCCGUGCCAGCGACCUGCCAGAGAUUCGAGCCAUAGUGGACAGCACAGCAGGCAUUGUCUUCUAUUCUGUGCCGCACUUUGGCAGCAGGAUCGCGGACUACUCCUGGAGGGCCCGGGCAGUGCUGCGACCUGCACCAUCGGCGGACUGUCUGCGCAUGUCAUCGCCGCAUGUGGAGGGUCUCAACACCAUGCUGAGGCACAUGCACAAGCAGGGCAAGAUCCAAGUGCUCUCCUUUGCUGAGACCAAGGUCACGCCUCUGGUGAAGACUUACGGUGGGCUGACGCUGCGACUGGAGGUGGUUCCACUGGAGUCGGCCUAUCCAGGAUUUGGGGAGUUUGUGGUGAGUGAGCUGGUCGAGCUUAUCUGUGGGGUGCAUGUUGCCCUUCAUUCCUGCCAAGUGGCACCCCUUCCGUGCUUGUCAAUAUGGUAUGUUUCUAGUGUGUUGGUUGCUUGA